UCGUUGUCAGUUGUUUCUUCUGCGUUUGUUAAUUGAUCUUUCAUUUUUAAUUUCAGUUUACUUUAGUCUUUCAGUACUCAAUUUGGGGUUCCCUCCUUUGGUACCAUAUAACAAAACAAGGACAUAAAGUCAUAUACAUUAUGGAUAGACUAGGAUGAUUAGCAUUUCCGCAAAUAUGUGAGAGAGAGCCCUUACCAUAAAUUUUUGUAUGACUUAUUGAUUUCGCGUGUUUUGGAUCGCAUUAUAAUGAUCUGAUAGGCGUAAAAGAUUUUUGGUCAUGUUCUUAUUGACAGCAUCAAAACGAGUUGGCACUAUAUGCUGCGUAAAUGUAAUCCCGCGGGUCACUGUGAUAUGCUCCAAUAUUUAUAUUGGUUGUCACUUAUGAUUUAUCAUCUAUUUUCAUCGCCACAUAUACAUAUUUUCAUAUACCAACAUAUUUGUUUUUGUUUUCUGUCAACCUUCUCUGCUAAUAUUUAAUAUACACAAACACCCCGGUUUCACUCUCGGUAGAGAUUACCUGAUAGAAUUUGAUCUAGUGGCCUUAUAUAGUGCUGAUCUUUCGGCGGAGCAAAAUUUCAUCGCUCUGUACUUGUGUAUCCAAUGAAAGAAAGGAAAGAGCAGGGAAGAAGUUAACUUUCCUGUUUAUCCUGUUUCGUCAGCCUUGGUGCCCGUAGAUGCAAAUGAAACCUAUAUAGAUGCGCAGGGCAAUGUGCAAAGUGGUGGAUUUAUACAGGCAGGGUCCAUAAUCCGAAAUUCCCAGAAACUUCAAGAUGGUUUACAAGUGUUAGGGAUGAAAAUUAAGCAGCAUGAGGAUAACCUAAAUCUUCUGAAUACUCAGAAGACUAAACUAGACGAUUCCAUUCUUGGUUUGCAAGAUAUCUUUGAGAAAUAUAAGUCAUCGAGCAUGCCCAAGAAUUGCAAAACGGACAAUCUGCAGCCAACAAGUGAGGAGGCAAUAAAUGAGCAGAUAUUGCAACAUGAAAAAUCUGCUGCUGGUUUAUUGUGCCAUCUGAAAACUCAUCAUGGAACUCAGGCAUCUAAUCUUUCAUGGACAAAGGAUAUUGUGGGUAUUGUUGCUACCCUGGGGAAAGUUGAGGAUGAUAACCUUAGUAGGCUUUUCUCAGAGUAUCUAGGAGUAGAGACCAUGCUGGCAAUUGUCUGUAGGACUUAUGAAGGAGCUAAAGCUCUUGAAAUUUAUAACAGCGAUGGCUGCAUAGACAAGAGCUCUGGUCUUCAUGGACUAGGCGCCUCAAUUGGAAGGGCCUUGAAUGGUCGUUUUAUAGUGAUGUGUCUGGAAUCUCUCAGGCCAUAUGCUGGUAAAUUUGUACUUGAUGACCCACAGAAAAGGCUGGACAUUUUAAACCCAAGACUACCCAAUGGGGAGUGUCCAGCUGGGUUUCUCGGCUUUGCUGUAAAUAUGAUAAAUAUAGACGGCUCGAACUUAUUUUGUGUAACGCCCAGUGGAUAUGGUCUCAGAGAAACUCUGUUUCAUAAUCUUUUUUCACGUUUGCAAGUAUAUCAGACAAGGGCGGAAAUGAUGAAAGCGCUUCCUUGCAUAAGUGAUGGGGCUGUUUCUUUAGAUGGAGGAAUGAUUAGGACAAAUGGUGUGUUUUCCUUGGGCAACAGGGAAGACGUGGAUGUGAAGUUCCCCAGCCCAGUGGAGUUUGAUAGCUACAAUGAAAUUGAGAGGCAAAUGAGGGUUUUGAAAGGGGAGAAGGACAAGAUUUUGGGGGACAUAAAAAGGGAACAAAGUUUGAUGGACGCAGCGAAGUUCAGUUUCAAUAAAAAGAAGAAUGAGUUUCUGAAGUUUUUAGCAGAAAGUUCAUCAUAUGCAACUCAGGUAAAUGCCUCCGUGAUGCCUCUCAACUGAAUGUAUGAAUAGACUUAUUCUGUCUGGAAAUCGCAAUCCGUAUACUACUUGGUCGCGUAUGAGAUGUUAUAUGUUGCAAAGGAAAAUAAAUGAAAAUGAAAUAUAAAUUUACUCAAUUUUUGAUGCUUAAA